CACCACCACGUCGUCACUUUCUCGAAACCUGCCCCAAUCUGUGCCAGUACUGCGUAUACAAUCGCACGCAGUCAUGUUCAAGCUCAUCCUGCUUCUCGGUCUCUGGACCCUCACAGCAACUGCCCAAUUCGGCUUCUUCGACCAAAUGUUCGGCGGAGGACAGCAGCAACAGCAGCAAGCAAACGUUCGCAGCGAUAGUAGUUGGUACCAGGCACAGUACGAGGACGCGCAAUGCUCCCACUACCUCUGCCCCGGCACCUUGUCCUGCGUACACUUCCCGCACCACUGUCCCUGCGCAUGGGAAGCGACGGAAGAUAAAGUUGAGUUGGGCGAGGGGAUUUCGAUUUGUGGUUCAAAGGGUGGGUGGAAGGAGGGCGAGUUUGCGAAGAAGGUCGAGUUGGCUAGGAAGGGGCUGCUGUAAGAGAUGAAUACCAAUGGACGGGAGGAAAGAGCACUGUUUGUGGAGAAAGAAGACUUUAUUCAGGACGAAAAAGGAGAGGAGGUGGUGUAGCCUACGACUGUGGUGGUCAUGAGAUACGGAAAAAAGACGAGAACCGUUCAAGCCGACGAACAAAUUUGGUCUCCGAUCGACACUACAUUGAUCUGAGCAUCGUGGGGUAUCAUGUAGUUGAGCAUCCUUAAUCUCUGCCAGAAUCCUUCCUGAAAAUUCCCAGAAGAAGCGCGAUCGUUCCGAGCGAGCAACAUAAAGAACGUAUAUGUUGAUGCCCAGGUACCUCCACGUUGUCAGGUUGGAUCUUCCGCUAGUGCCCGAUUUAGUAUAGACGCCUUUUUCUUCAGACAAAUCGUAGUUCAGAUAGUCACCAAUACAACACGCACGC